CUCACAUGAACGAUCUGCCCAACUCCGCAGGAAAUUCAUCACCAUCAACGACAAUAACGAAACCGACGUUGAUUAUACGAAAAACAAUAUCGCAUUGAUAACACGAUCUCGACGACCUACAUGAAAUAAGAGCACAGGUCGAUUCAGCGCUGCCGUCGGCGGUGUAGGUCCAUUUCUGCGACAAUCGUUCUCGAUCCACCUUCUCCUUCAUUCCCUCUUACCUUUCUUCGAGCCUCGAGAAUCCGAUCGAAAACAGGUUCCUUUUAUCCUCGACACUCGCUCCAUACUCUGUACAAUUAUUACUCUGCAUUCCUUCUUUCUCAAUAAUCUCGAGGCGCAUUUCGAUACCCUUAUACAAUCUUUUCGAUAAGAAUAAACUUUUCAGUACGGCCGAAGUCGCAACAAUCAAUCCGUCUACCACCACAUUCACCUUUUUUUCUUUUCUACAACAACCUCGAUUACUUUAAUAUUCAAACUUAUUACCGAAAUGCCUUCUGAUCUCCCACAAACACCACAAAGUCCUUCCAACACCCCAGGCUCUACCGAUAUUUCUUCAAAGAACGUGGUUUCUCCACGAAUAAACACUUCACUUCCGACACCAGCCCACAGCAUCAACGGCAGCAUGUCAACUGUCAAUUCCGCCACCGAGGCAUCUCAAUCAAUGGAUCCUUCGACCAAGCGCAAGAGAGAUUAUGAAGAUCUUGGUGAUCAAAAGCAGAAGAAAGUUCACGUCGAGGACAGCAGACCUAGUAUUGACGAUCUCCAUCAGGAUGUCGGUAAAAAGUACCUUCUCUGCAGAACUCUUCAUAAGCAUCAAAAUUUAAACGUACAACAAGAUUUAUACGAUCGAUUCGGUUUGAACGGAAUUGCUGCCAGUCUUGCUCGUGUCACAGCAGAUGGGAAGAAGAACACAGUUCGAAAAACCUACAAAGGAUAUAUAAAAUCCUUGGGUAUUGCUGGGCAGUUCGAUGCAGUCAAAGGUCCAGAACCUAAUCAGCCUGGAUCACUCACUUCAUUGAUUGAUCCCUACGGACCUUCUGGGCCCAGGGAAGCAUGGAAUCAAUCUUAUGUACAAGGAAAAGAAAUCAGUAGAGGAAUAGAGGAUUUACUACCUCAACUUAAGACGGCUUUAAUCAUGGCCAAAGGCCCCGUUCCAAAAGAACGUUGGAAUCAUUCUGUUCUUGGUGAAAUCAGUUCCCAAAUUGCCAACGAUCCCUUAAAGGCUGUUCCCGCGAAGGCAAAGGCUCCAAUGGCAAUGGCGCAAGGCACGAUGGGUGUACCAAAGCAAAAUAGAGGCGCGGCAGAUAUUGCACGUCCAAAAAGAACCGCAAAGAAGCGCUCAUAUGGUGAUUCAAGUUUUGAAGGCUAUGGCGAGGGUUACGUUGAUGAUGAUGGUGGAUAUUCCACCGGCGAUGGCGAUGACAGAGCCGGUGGUCGAAAGCGACCAAAGAAGGUGGGUAGUGUGCUAUAUCCAUCAAAUGUGCAAGCUAACAAAGGAAAGACUCCAACAUCUCACGGUUUCCAAGGACCGAUGCGUCAAAGUUACGGACCUGGAAUGGUUGGUGCUUGAACUUGACGAGAGAAAUUGUCUUCCCUCCACCCUUGUUGACCUUAACAAAAAAAAAAUAGGCGUGUUUUUUUGGCUCGUUGACUCGUUGCUUAUGGAUUUACACGCUUCUACAUACUACCGAUAUUGCUGAUCAUUCCCUAUAAGAGGUCGAAUGAUCAAACUGCUCUCGAGAAUGAGCUCCCAGAACAUAACGUUGGUUUAAAAAUAUAGCUUACAGAGCAAGCUAUAAACCUUCUGGUCUGUGUAUGAUAGAGAACGGCGGUGCUUUUCUUACGAGAAGCCUUUAUUUGAUGAUAGCGCACUUUUGGGGGACAUUUUGCCUCGAAGAGCUUUUGAUGACUACUGGACUGGGAAAAACUGGUAAUAGCCAAUGCAUGCAUGGCAUGGAUAGUAUUGGGCAUCACGUAUUUACGGACCCAACCAGCAAAAUAAUGAAAAAAUGAUCAAAAAU